AAUAAAUAAAAAUAACGCCGAGUAAAAAAUGCUGCGAUUAUUAACGGUGGCGUGCGCCCUCGCCGCCGUGUCAACGGCCUACGAUUGCAACCGCGGGGUAGAAGUGAAGAGCGUCCAAUGGACCGGUGGAUCCUUCGAAUGGCCCUGUUCAACGACGAAAAGCAUCUUCAAGAACAGCGGCCGGUACAACACAAAGAACGUGAUCGCAACCCGCGGCCAAAUCUACAGAGACGAGGCUUUCCUGGCAUUACCAAGGUACAAGUCCGGGGUUCCUGUGACCGUCGCCAAGGUCUCACUGAGAAGCAAGGGAUGCUCUGCAACCCUGACGGCCUUCCCGUGCUGGUCGAUGCAGGAAGAAGGAACCUGCAGCGCAUUCCAAAACGCGGUAGACCUCUUCCUCGACCCCCAGGACAUCCUAUGGGUCCUCGACACUGGCGUGGUUCACACUCUUGAGGAGCCGGUGUACAGAUGCCCGCCCAAGGUCGUCGCCAUUAACGUGAAAACUGGCAAGAUCGUCAAGACCAUCGACCUCAGCGGCCUUGCCAGCGCUUCUUCUCGUCUGCAAUACCUCGUCGUCGAUUACUCGUCAGACGGACGGAUAACUCUCUACGUUUCGGACGCAGCGAUGCGAGCUAUCCUUGUUUACGACGUGACGGCCGGCAGAGGCUACCGAGUCGUUCUUCCGGCGGCGGUUACGUCGGGGGCGGCGCGUCGUGACGUCUUGUACUUGGCGCUUAUCCGUCGGGCUGACGGCAGCAGCUGCCUCGUCUUCACGUACCUGAGCAGCUCGAGGAUGUUUACGAUAAGGACGGAGUACCUGCGGAAGGGAUCAGCCUCCGGGAAGGUCCAUGAUCUCGGACCGAAGCCUGGCACCAUCGUGAUCCUUGGUACCGACGGCGGCGCUGCCCUCUUCUUCAGGUACGAAGGCCGCCCUGAGAUCUACAGAUGGGACACCGCCAAUUGCUUCAAGCAGGAGAACUUCCAGCUUGUAUACCAGGGCACGAACUGCUUGCUCGCCACCCAGGUGAUCGUCGACUACAAACGCGGCCGCAUGCGCGUCCUCGAGUCAAACUUCCCCGACUUCAUCCAGGGCACCGUUGGCUGCGGCGCUAAUCAAGCUCUCACCAUAAUGCAAGCCUGCACCUGAGCCGACGUAGCAUUUCUCGAAAUGUCUCGGCUUCGCUCGUCCUGAUCUUAACCUCCACCUCUGCUUGAAGUGUGCACAGCUUAUCGGAAGCUCAGAAAAGCUGAAAAAUUUUUGCAACUUUGCGAUCGCUCGAAGAAGCUGCAUGGCAUUUUUGGAGGAUUCCUUCUCUUCGUAUGAAUUUUUUCCCUGUCGAAUGAUUAGUUCAAGUCGUGAUCAGAAUUCCAGCGAGUCUUGUACAUACAAUAAAUAUACAUAUUCAGAAUACA